ACAGCGACAGCCAUCGUUUAAAACAGCUCCACCUGCCCCACAUUGGAAGCACCAACCUGCUGUCGGCCAAAAAUAGGAAGAAAGCGAGGGCGUUGUUUUUGAGCCAACUGAGCAAGCCGGCACCGCCGGAACCAAUUAAGCCUCCCCCGAGAAUCACGUUGGAAAGACCAUUCUCUGGGUGGGAUGUGGUCGGUCAGAAAGCGUCUUCCACGAAGCCAGCCCUGAACGUCCGACUUCCGACGCUGGACGACACUCUGCCUGCGAUGUUGAAAGUAUGCAAAAUCUGUAGGCGUGUUGCUUUUGAUUUGAGUCUCGUAACUUGGAGUUUGGCCUGGGCUUCAAAUCUGAUUUUUUGGUCUAAAUCCGAGUGUUCUAUUUGUAUACCGGCUGAGAUGCGAUUGUAAUCCGUCUGUUCUAACAGUGUAUGUUUAGAUAUGUGUUCAAUAUAUGCAACUAUGCUAUCUGAUCAUCCAAGUAACUGCCAAGUUUUCUUUUCUACAAAAAUUGUGUUGCUGAUUUAUCUUGUCUUGCUAACCACUGUCAAUCAUUGCCCAACGCAUGCAUCAGCUAAGUCAAUAAUUAUCCAACGCAUGCAUCAGCUCUGUUAAUCAUUGGUCAACGCAUUCAUCGCAUGCAUCAGUUCUGUCAAUCAUUGUCAAACACAUGCAUAAUCUCUGUCAACCAUUGGUGAACCCAUUAACCUGCUCUGUCAACCAUUGGUGAACCCAUUAAUCUGCUCUGUCAACCAUUGGUGAACCCAUUAAUCUGCUCUGUCAACCAUUGGUGAACCCAUUAACCUGCUCUGUCAACCAUUGGUGAACCCAUUAACCUGCUCUGUCAACCAUUGGUGAACCCAUUAACCUGCUCUGUCAACCAUUGGUGAACCCAUUAACCUGUUCUGUCAACCAUUGGUGAACCCAUUAACCCGCUCUGUCAACCAUUGGUGAACCCAUUAACCUGCUCUGUCAACCAUUGGUGAACCCAUUAACCUGCUCUGUCAACCAUUGGUGAACCCAUUAAUCUGCUCUGUCAACCAUUGGUGAACCCAUUAACCUGCUCUGUCAACCAUUGGUGAACCCAUUAACCUGCUCUGUCAACCAUUGGUGAACCCAUUAACCUGCUCUGUCAACCAUUGGUGAACCCAUUAACCUGCUCUGUCAACCAUUGGUGAACCCAUUAACCUGCUCUGUCAACCAUUGGUGAACCCAUUAACCUGCUCUGUCAACCAUUGGUGAACCCAUUAAUCUGCUCUGUCAACCAUUGGUGAACCCAUUAAUUCAGCACUGUCAAUAUUUUGUCAACUCAUUCGUCAGCACUGUCAAUAUUUUGUCAACUCAUUCGUCAGCACUGUCAAUAUUUUGUCAACUCAUUCGUCAGCACUGUCAAUAUUUUGUCAACUCAUUCAUCAGCCCCAUCAGUUAUUGGUCAACUCAUUCAUCAUCCCUGUCAAUCAUUUGUCAAUUCUUUCAUCAUCUCAAUCAAUCAUUGGUUAACUCACAAAAUUCGACCAUUACACUGUUGAGUUAUAAAAGAAAACACAUCUGAUCACCAGCUGGCGAGAACAACCCAGAGUAGUUACAAUAUUCCCAUCAUGGACCUGGACGGCUGUAACUACCCACCUGCCUCUCCUCGCACCGAGGCCAAGCUCUACAUAUCUAAGUUUGGGAUCACGGAACUGUUAAAAGUAGGUUACAGAACUGUGUGCGUGUAAAGGAAGUUGUACAGAUAGAGUUAAAUGAUUGUGUAAACCUAAUGGGAGAUUUACGACUGCGUUAAAUGGUUGAGUAUACGUUCAAAAAUUAGCCAGAAAGAUCAAUACAUUGAUCGUGGGCCCUCAUAAUAUAUAUAAUAGAAAUAUAGGAAAAAAAAACAAAGUUUGUGAUACAUAUAACAUAAAUAAAGGCUAUUUGAAACAUUAGUUUUCAGUAAUUCAAAAAUCCCCCCCCCCCCCCCCCCCCGUUCAUUUUUCUUUAACUCCCAACUACUCAAAUUUAAAUGAAAAAAAAAAAAAAAAAAAAAAAAAAANCCUUCAAUUCAUAAAAAAAGUGAACAAAAGUCAAAUCUGUACUUUAAUAUAUUCAUACAUAGAGAAAAAAAUAUCAGGUGCACUGUUCAAAUCUUAAGAUUAAUACACGAUAUUUUAACAUAUAUUGUAAACCUCAUCUCCCCCCACAGUUCUUGCUGCAGUCCCUUAUAAUAAACAGA